AUGCUUCUGACGGCUUACCUAGCCUUAUCUCUCACACAGAACAUCCGCAAUAAUGAGUUUACGGUCCUGCUCAUACUUGUCAUCUUGUUUGUCACCGUCUUCUUCUGCCAUGGCUUGAUUCGGCUUUGCAUGGUCAUCUUUCGGCUACGACCCGACGGCGAUUCCAGGCCGCCGAUGCCGCAGCUUCUGGCCCCCGGCGGCUAUGCUGUGCCUCGAGAACCUAUCCGGGUCAUGCUGGCACGCGAUGAAGAAGAGCAAGGGGAGAUCAGCGAGGCGUUGUUGGCCAAGCCGCCUGCCUACGGCCUUUGGCGGGAGAGCGUGAGAGUUGACCCCAACCGGAUAUACUGGCAGCGUAAUCCAAAUGCCGCAUCGAACGUCGAGCUGUCCACAUCGGCAGAGAGCACCAGUGGGCCUCGGCCGCCGUCUUAUGCUUCGGAAGACGGGGUGAGCUACGUCGUCGACGCUCGCCCCCGAUCGAUCGCACCGGCCAUGACGGAAGCCCCAGUGCCGUCGCAUCCUUCCGAGAUUGGGCGCGUGGGUGAACGCCAGGUUCUGUCAUGA